AAGAAUUUACUGCUGUCUGAAGACAACCUGAUAGGUUGACAAGUGCAAAAUCUUUGGUCUGCACACACUUACUUCUAAGGGCUAGUGGUUUGUAAAGUGGUAAGUAACCAUAGUAAUAUCGACCUUCCUUUGCUUUAUCUCUGACGGUUUAGUUUUGUAGGUGGCUGCAAGAACAGACUAGAACAGCGAGGGGACAGAACAGACACUCAGUGAUGCAUUUUAAUUUAGUUUUUGUGUUUUGUUUAGAAAUUUCCUGUCUAGGUGAUUUAAAUGAGGUUCACAGAGUGUUUCACAAAAAAUGCUCGACUUCCUCUUCUAGACAGUAGGUAGCACAUCAUAACAACAAGACAGAGACCCUCCGUCUGUUGCAAUGGAAAUUGGUCAAUUUCUUGUGUUCUUCAUGAAAGUUCUGAUCUCCAGCACAGCAUCCGGACCUGGAAACCAUGUGUUCAUACAGACAGGGGGCUCUGUUGAACUGGAUAUAAAAAAUAAAACACUGCCAGAGUUUAAUAGUUUAGUCUGGGUGAAAGAUAUGUCAGACAAUAUAGUCAAAUUCAUGAGUCAGUCUGGAGAUAUAAAAGAGCACAGUUCAUAUAAGAACAGAGUGGAGUUCAAUACUGAAACCUUCUCUGUCACACUGAGGAACAUGAAGAAGACAGACAGUGGAAUCUACAUGGCAAAAACAAAAGGAGAUCAAGAAAUAUGUGUUGCUAAACACAACAUAUCAGUUAUAGAUCCAGUGGAUUUUCCUGUUCUGAAAGAGAACUUCACCAUGAUAAGUGUUAACGUCUGUAUCGUGAACGUCUCAUGCAGUGGGCUUGAUCAUACUGUAAGCGAAAGAUACUACAGCAACAAUUGCACUCAGGAGGAGGUGACAUCAUUUGGAAUCCAGACUCUAGCACUGUAUUGUAUAGAGAACAUUGUUGUUUGUAACUACAGCAACCCAGUCAGCUGGAAGAAUGACACAGUAGAGAUUUACCAACUUUGCACAAGUCAUGAACAGAAUCUCAAAGAAAUCAUCAGUUCCUUUCCUCUCCAUUGGCUCUUGGUCAUCGCUGGUGUAUCAGUGUUGGUUUUCACAGCAGUUACUGUAAUAUGCUGCUCUUACAAGAAGCGUAAAAAGAGUGCUCAACAGAUUGAUCAGACAGUCUAUGCACAAGUUCAGCUGAGGAAUGACAUGCAAAGACCCCUGGAGAUGUUGGAGAAAUCAGCGAAUCCUCAAACUGUGUAUGGAUUUACAGGGGAAUCCAAACAAACUCACAAUAUCAGUCUGACAAUGCCUACUCCUCAGAUAAGGAAACAAGCGCAAAAGGAAAAUCACCCCAGCACCACCUACAGUACAAUAGGACAAAACCAAAAACCAUCAUUUGCCUCUGAAACAGAUCAUACAAUUUAUUCAGAAGUGUGUAAAUCCACGCGGGCCAGACAACCUGUGCAUAAAUAGCAUUUAAAUUGUGUAUUCGAUAGAUAUCUU